GAAUUUCAUAAACAUAGAUUUGAAGCUAGUGGAUUGUUGUUAGCUGAGUAAAUGUAUGUUUGCAUGAAGCUGCUAUGAUGAGUGAAACUAAAGGUGUUGUCGAGGAAAAGAAGUACAAGCUUGGUUCAAUUCACACCACUUCGAGUUUAAUCAUGUUGUUAAACUUUAUCUUAUUAUUUAUGGACCUGCUACUCGUUCAAAUUUGGAGAACAUCUGUUUCAACUUGGUUGACACCAGAACUGAAUACAGCUAUCACGUGGUACAUUGUAUCUCUUUGUGGUCCAUUCUGCCUGUAUCUUUUAAUCUAUCUUCUAAAGAUGUAUUUUUGCUGUCAUGGUUUUACAAAAUUAUUUUCAGUGUCGAUGAUACUAAACUGCAUAACAUGGUCUGUUCUGAUGUUUAUUUCGUCAUCAUAUGUUGCCACCCACCUGCCUGAUCAAAACUGCAACGAGAAAAGGUGCACACAUCUAAGGGGAGCUGUGGUAUGAUUUUUGUUUAUGGACGGAUAUGCAGUUACUUAAUUGCAAUUGGUAUGCUAAUGCAAGCAUAUACACAUUAUACUGAACGGGAAUAUCUUUGAUGCACGCACAUCUACCGCACAUUGUACAACGUUUGGUCAUAUUGGUGCAUGAUGUUGAUAAUUUGUAACUGAGCUGUACAUAUUUAUAUUUUAAAUAAAAGGUAUAUUAAAUUA